AUGGGCACCCUGCGGGACCUGCAGUAUGCCCUUCAGGAGAAGAUCGAGGAGCUGCGGCAGCGAGACGCCCUGAUUGACGAGCUGGAGCUGGAGCUGGAUCAGAAGGACGAGCUGAUCCAGCGGCUGCAGAACGAGCUGGACAAGUACCGGUCCGUGAUCCGGCCGGCCACCGCCCAGCAGGUCCAGGCCCAGCAACAGAACCUCGUCCUACAGCCGGACCAGCACCGCAGCAAGAGGCAGGCCAUCUCCGCAGAGCCGACCGCCUGCGAUAUCAGCGCCCUCAGCCAUGUCACGCUGCCCUUCUACCCCAAGAGCCCAGAGUCGAAGUCGCUGAUCAAGGACGCCAUCUUGGACAAUGACUUCAUGAAGAACCUGGAGCUGUCUCAGAUCCAGGAGAUCGUGGACUGCAUGUACCCGGUGGAUUAUGGGAAAGACUCCUGCAUCAUCAAAGAGGGCGACGUGGGCUCUCUGGUCUUCGUAAUGGAAGAGGGGAAGGUGGAGGUGACUAAAGAGGAGAUGAAGUUGUGUACAAUGGGACCGGGCAAAGUGUUCGGAGAGCUGGCCAUCCUCUACAACUGCACCAGGACGGCUACCGUCAGGACUCUGACCCAUGUGAAGCUGUGGGCCAUCGACCGUCAGUGUUUCCAGACCAUCAUGAUGAGAACCGGGCUCAUCAAACACGCCGAGUACAUGGACUUCCUCAAGAGUGUUCCCACCUUCCAGGGUCUUCCAGAGGAAACUCUCAGUAAACUGGCCGAUGUCAUGGAAGAGACUCACUAUGAAGACGGAGAGUUCAUCAUCAGACAGGGAGCCAGAGGCGACACCUUCUUCAUCAUCAGCAAGGGAAAGGUGAACGUGACCCAGGAGGACUCAGCCAAUCAGGAGCCGGUACACCUCAGAGAGCUCGCCAGGGGAGACUGGUUUGGAGAGAGAGCGCUGCAGGGGGAGGACGUCAGAACAGCCAACGUCAUAGCUGCUGAGACCGUCACCUGCCUGGUCAUUGACCGAGACUCAUUCAAGCAUCUGAUCGGUGGAUUGGACGACGUCUCAAAUAAAGGUUAUGAGGACGCUGAAGCCAAAGCCAAGUACGAGGCAGAGAAUGCCUUCUUCUCCGGUCUGAAGUUGAACGACUUCAACAUCAUUGACACGCUGGGAGUCGGCGGCUUCGGACGCGUCGAGCUGGUGCAGCUGAAGAGCGAGGAGGCAAAGACAUUCGCCAUGAAGAUCCUGAAGAAACGUCACAUCGUGGACACGAGGCAGCAGGAACACAUCCGCUCCGAGAAACACAUCAUGACGGAGGCGCACUCUGACUUCAUCGUCAGGUUGUACCGGACGUUUAAAGACAGUAAAUAUCUGUACAUGCUGAUGGAGGCCUGCCUGGGCGGAGAGCUGUGGACCAUCCUGAGAGACAGGGGUUCGUUUGAAGAUUCCACCACCAGGUUCUACACCGCCUGCGUGGUCGAAGCCUUCGCCUACCUGCACGCCAAAGGCAUCAUAUACAGAGACCUGAAGCCUGAGAACCUCAUAUUGGACAGUCGAGGAUACGCCAAGCUGGUGGACUUUGGUUUCGCCAAGAAAAUCGGUUUCUGUAAGAAGACGUGGACGUUCUGUGGGACGCCGGAGUACGUCGCUCCAGAGAUCAUCCUCAACAAAGGUCAUGACGUCUCAGCAGACUACUGGUCUCUGGGCAUCCUGAUGUAUGAGCUGUUGACCGGCAGUCCUCCGUUCUCAGGUCCUGAUCCAAUGAAAACCUACAACAUCAUUCUGAGAGGCAUCGACAUGAUCGAGUUCCCAAAGAAGAUCACCAAGAACGCCGGCAACCUCAUCAAGAAGCUCUGCAGAGAUAAUCCUUCAGAGAGACUUGGAAACCUGAAGAACGGGGUCAAAGACAUCCAGAAGCACAAGUGGUUUGAAGGUUUUAACUGGGAGGGUCUCAGGAAAGGAACUUUGACUCCGCCCAUCGUACCUGAUGUUUCCUCUCCAACUGACACCAGCAACUUCGACAGUUUUCCUGAAGACACAGACGAACCGCCACCAGAUGACAACACUGGAUGGGACUAUGACUUUUAAAGUCCCACCCACCAGCUCACACUCAAACACAAAGCCUGAGACAAAGACGAAGAAGAAGAAGACUUCUCCCCAGGCUGAAUGAACACAAGCUACAUGUGCCAUAUGGUGGA